GUCCCGUAUCUUCAAAGAAAUGUCUAACAAGCAAGCCUACCUCCACAUCCCUUGCACAUUAAUCCUCCAAGAACCUUGGCAAUUUUCCUUCACUUUCUAGGCCAAAAUUUUCCAGGAAAAAAAAAGAAAGAAAGAAAGAAAGAAAGACAUGGAGAAGUCAUGGAAACCCUAGCGAGAACACCGAUCGAACUCAUCAACAAAGGCAUGGGUAGCUUCCGUCUUCACAUCCCUCGUCUACACCAUCACCACCAUCAUGAGAAGGUCCCAAAGGGGUGUUUGGCAGUGAAGGUGGGGCAAGGGGAUGAGCAAGAGAGAUUCGUGAUACCAGUGAUGUACUUCAACCAUCCAUUGUUCGGACAGCUGUUGAAGGAAGCUGAAGAAGAGUUCGGUUUCAAUCAGAAGGGAACCAUCACUAUCCCUUGCCACGUCGAAGAGUUUCGGCACGUUAGAGGCCUGAUCGAUCGAGAAAAAUCCCUCACUCAUCGCCACCACCACCACCAUACCCAUGCUGUUGGUUGUUUUAGGGUUUGAUUUUUUUUUUUUAAAAAAAAAAAGCUUUGGCGUGAAUGAAUCCAUGCAGAUCGAGUUUGUAACAUAUUCAUCUUAUCAUCCUUUUUUCUUUUUUGAAGAAGAAGAAAAUGUAAAUAAAUCGACUGUUUUGUUACGUGCGAAAAUAUCAUAUGAUGCUUGAUACAA